CCUCCGGCCAUUCUGCACCCCGCCCCCCUCGGCGAUCCGAUUGUCCACCGUCCGUUUAAAUGGACCGGAUCCGGUGCACCUCUGGCUCCCCUCGUCCAGACCGGCCCCGCUUUUCCGUCGCCCAGGAGGAUGGGGCUCGCUUGUCCGACGCUUUCCGCCUCCCCCCCCCCCACGCCUCCACGCAACGGUCCCCAACCGCGCUGCAGUCGCCUCCCCGCUUCUUUGGAGAGCGAGGCCCAUUCAUCUUACGUGAGAAAUGGACUCGCUUCAGGUUCGCCGUGCAGUGCUGGAGGCAAACAGCAUCCUCUCCUCUUCCAAGGAUAACAUCCAGAUCUGUGAGGCUUUGCUGACCAUUAAGAGAUACCUAGGUGGGACUGGAAGUCCACCCUCUGUGAAAGAGAAGGAAGAAUUUAUCCACAGCCAUUUCACGACCUUUCUGCAAUGCCUUAUCAGUAACCUGACUCCCGAUUGGCCAGAGCUUUUCCAGUCAGACGAGGAAAAGGAGUUGUGGGAUAGCUUUUUCCUCGAAGGACCGGCAGAUCAGUCCUUUAUGGUUUUAAUGGACUCUGUCAUUUCUACAGGGCCCAGCUUCCGUCUGAAUAAAGUCACUGACGUCUUGGAGCAGUUCCUACGGAGAGGGGGGCUGUCGUCUUUGAUGUGGGAGGUGUGCAAGCAGCAAUCCCAAGCUGGCUCUCUGGUGCUGCAGGAGGCUCUCCUCAACAAAGUCGUCUGCCUGCCUGACCACCUUGCCAACAAGCUCCGGGAAGAAAACCACCCCAUCUUCUUCCCCCAAAACUACUUCCCGUUGCUCGCUGCAGAGAUCGUCCAAGUGCUUGAAAGGAUCUCAGAAUCGCUGCGAGGUGGUUUGGACUGUUCUGUUUCCUUCAUGUCUCAAGUGCUGGGGAAGGUCUGCGUACACGGAAGGCAGAAGGAACUCCUGAGCGUCUUGGUGCUGCACUUGACGGAUCGGAUCCAGUCCGAUUGCAUUUGGCAGCGGAUGUGCUGGCGGCUGAUCGAGGGCGUCCCGGAUCGCUGGAUGGAAGCUGUCAUCUGUGGGUUUGUUCAGGCAGUGCCAGGGCCUGCUGAAUUGUUCCGGCUGCUGGGGAAUUUGGUCGUCAAAAGCAAGAAGGCUCGGUUUGUGAUGACCCAGAAGCUACUGCUGCUUCAGUACAGCCAUCCGACGGUGGUAUUGCAGAGCCUCAUUGGGUACCUAGCCCUGGAUAGCCGACAGCGUCCCCUACUGAUCAAGGUCUUGAAGGAACUGCUGGAGACCUGGGGAAGCAGCAGUGCUGUGAAACACUCUCCGGUGGAGCAGCAGCUGUACAUAAGCAAGGCCAUCCUCAUCUGCCUCUCGCACGUGAAAGACGCAGAAAUAGAGAGCAGCAGGCAAGAGCUGCUCAUAAAUAUGAUGGAAGGGAUGAAGUGCCACCUGGACAGCAACUUGCCACGGGUCCGCCAUCUGGGAAUGGUGGUAGCAGAGAGCAUCAGUACCAGGAUAACACCGGCAGGACCUGCCUUGAAAUUUCAGUAUGAAGAAGAUGAGGAGAUCAGAGAACUCAAGUCCUUGCUGACCCAGAGACCAGAACAGGCUCUUGUCCGUGAUCUGCCAGGCACUGUGAGAAACACACCACCUGUGACAUCGAGCGCCAGGGCAAAACUCAAUGCAAAGCCAUGCCUGGCCUCUUCAGCAGACCCAGGGAAGGGGGUCGACUACGACCUGGACAGUGACGACGACCUUGUCCCGUAUGACAUGUCUGAAGAUAAAGAACUGAGGAAGAGCAAGGCUCCCGCCUACAUCCGAGACUGUAUCGAAAUCUUGACGGGGCCUGAAGAUGCAGACAGGUACGAGGCCACAAUGGGCAUCCUGGAGACGUUGAUCCGAAGAAAUACAGCAGCUGCACGAGAGGUGAGCGUGGAACUAACCAAAGUCCUGCUGCACUUGGAAGAGAAGGGUUACAUCGAAGGCUUUGCGUGGCUCCGGCAAAGCGCUCUAGUGGCUCUGGCUGCCACGGAUCCAGUCCCGGUGUCUCGCUUCUUGACCACAGAGUUCUACUCCCUGAACUACAGCCUCCGCCAGCGCAUGGACAUGUUGGAUGUGCUGGCCAGAGCCGCUCAGGAACUCUCUCGGCCUGUUCCGUUGAAACCGGAGCUCCAGACUCUCAAACAGCCCAGCGUCCAGAUGCUGUCUGGCAACGGUCCACCUCCAGACUGGCGACAAGUUGUGGAAGAAAGGAUCAAAAGCAAGACCCGGCGGUUUGCAAAGGGCCCAUCUCGAGCAGAGCAACCGUGCGCUCCCAACACAUUUGGCCCAGUUGCCGGUCACUUCUUCUUUCCGCUUCUUCAGAACUUCGACAGAUCCCAGGCCACCUUUGACCUUCUGGGUGACGAUCACAUGGUGCUCGGCCGGCUGGCGCACACGCUGGCCGUCUUGAUGUACUUUGCUGUCAACACUGCGGUGGCAGCUGUGAUGGGAAAGGCACUGCUCGAAUUUGUUUGGACCCUUCGCUUUCACACAGAUGCCUACGUGCGCCAGGGCCUUCUGUCUUCAGUCUCUUCUACGCUUCUCAGCAUCCCUGCUGAACGCCUUUUAGAAGACCUGGCGGAGGAACUUUUGGAGACCCAGGCCUGGCUGGCAGAUGUGGCAGAGCAGGACCCGGAUGGCGACUGCAGGAGUCUGGCCCUGCAGAACCUGCUCCUGAUGGAAAACCUGAAAAAGAAACUGGGAACGGUUCCUUUCGAGUGACGAGGACCCGACGAGAGAGGCGCUUCCCUGCACGGGGGUGCGCUGGUUGCAACUUCCCCAUGGCCACUACAGCUGUCAGCUCAGCACAGCAGCCACGGGACUUCCUCAAAGGCAUUUGCCCUGCAGCGGACAGUCUCCCCCUUUUGGAACUGACAAGAGCGUUCGAAUGACGGAAUGGUCUACCUACUAGUUCCUCUGACUGUUGGCUUUCAUUCACAAUUAAAAAAAAGAAGAAG